AACCAAUUAUAGAUGAAUAUGUUGUAGAUAAAGUUUGUGUGAAGGAAAAAAAUGAUAAUAGGAGGGUGAAUAAUAUUGUAGACAUGAGAAGUAUAGUAAAUGUAUUGAAGGAAGGUAAAACGAAGGAUAGGAUAAAAGUAAAAGAUGAAAAUAUUAAUAAUGAAAAGGAAGAGAACAUUGUUAAAACAUUCAGGGACAAAGCAAUACAAAUAAAAAACAAAAUUUUACCUGUGGAGUCCAAUGCACCACUGGAUGUGGUUGUGAAAAUAGAUAUGCUAAUGGAGGGUUUGGAAAAUUUGAGUGCCGAUGAGUUUGAAGUUAAUGAUAAUGGGGGUAAAGCUGCAGAUGGUAAAGCAAAUCACUAUGAAAAUGAGAAGGGUUGUAAUGACCUUGGAUUUGAUUAUAAAAAUGAAGAAAGUAUUGGGUUAAAAG